AUGACUGAUUAUAUUUUUGCAGGUCCUAAGGCCUUAUCUCAGUUCAGAGUUGAAAAUUUGAUCAAGGAUAUAAACUCCUAUACAAAUAGUACUUCUGUCAUCAAUGAACUGCGUUCGUGUUAUAUUCAUUAUGUCAACGGCAUCGCUCAAAAUUUGUCUGAACGUGAUACUAAAUUACUAGAGGUCUUGUUGACUUAUGAUUCUCCUCUGGACAUUGCCAACGAUCCAUUAGCAAAACAAUUAAACGAUGCUGUAGCUAAUAAUUUGCCUAGCUCAGCUCUUGGCAAAGACACAUACUUGAUUAGAGUGAUUCCCAGAUCAGGUACUAUUUCUCCUUGGUCUUCCAAGGCCACUAAUAUUGCCCAUGUAUGUGGACUUCAAGACAAGGUUCAACGUAUUGAAAGAGGUUUAGCUUUACUAAUAAAGACUGUCCCAGGCUUCCCUCUUUUAGAGAAUUUAAAUGAUAUUUCGUUGAAGUGUGUCUACGAUAGAAUGACCCAACAAUUGUAUCUAACUGAACCACCAAAUACGAUGAGCAUUUUCACACAUGAAGAGCCAAAGCAAUUAGUUCACGUUCCAUUGACUCCUAAUGACACUAAGCAGUCUCCCAAGGACAUUUUAUCAAAGGCCAAUGUGGAAUUGGGCUUGGCUUUAGACAGUGGAGAAAUGGAGUAUUUGAUUCACGCCUUCGUCGAAACUAUGAAAAGAGAUCCUACAGAUGUUGAACUAUUCAUGUUCGCUCAAGUAAAUUCUGAGCAUUGUCGUCACAAAAUUUUCAAUGCCGAUUGGACAAUUGAUGGAAUAAAGCAACAAUAUACUUUAUUUCAAAUGAUUAGAAAUACACACAAGUUAAACCCAGAAUAUACCAUAAGUGCAUACUCUGAUAAUGCAGCAGUUUUGGACAGUGAAAACGAUGCCUUUUUCUUCGCACCAAACUCCGCUACAAAGGAAUGGAGCUCUAUAAAAGAAAGAAUUCCAUUACUUAUUAAGGUUGAAACCCAUAAUCAUCCAACAGCCGUGUCUCCUUUCCCAGGUGCUGCUACAGGUUCUGGUGGUGAAAUCAGAGACGAGGGUGCCACAGGUAGAGGUUCUAAAACCAAAUGUGGUUUGAGUGGGUUCUCUGUGAGCGACCUUUUGAUACCAGGUAAUGAACAACCUUGGGAAUUGAAUAUUGGUAAGCCAUACCACAUUGCGUCAGCAUUAGAUAUUAUGAUAGAGGCACCUUUAGGUUCUGCCGCUUUCAACAAUGAGUUUGGUAGGCCCUGUAUUAACGGUUAUUUCAGAACCUUAACAACAAAGGUUUUGAACCACCAAGGAAAGGAAGAAAUCAGAGGAUUCCACAAGCCAAUUAUGAUUGCCGGUGGUUUUGGUACAGUCAGACCUCAAUUUGCUUUGAAAAAUACUCCAAUUACCCCAGGUUCUUGUUUAAUAGUCCUUGGUGGUCAAUCCAUGUUAAUCGGUUUAGGCGGUGGUGCUGCUUCUUCUAUAGCUUCCGGUGAAGGUUCUGCUGAUUUGGAUUUUGCUUCCGUACAAAGAGGAAAUCCAGAAAUGGAACGUCGUUGUCAACAAGUAAUUGACGCUUGUGUUGCCCUAGGUAACAACAAUCCUAUCCAAUCCAUCCAUGAUGUUGGUGCUGGUGGGUUAUCCAAUGCAUUGCCUGAAUUGGUGCAUGACAAUGACUUAGGUGCUAAAUUCGAUAUUAGAAAGGUUCUUUCUUUGGAACCAGGUAUGUCACCCAUGGAAAUUUGGUGUAAUGAAUCUCAAGAACGUUAUGUUCUUGGUGUUUCUCCUCAAGAUUUAUCCAUCUUUGAAGACAUCUGUAAGAGAGAAAGAGCGCCUUUUGCUGUUGUUGGUCACGCUACUGCUGAACAAAAGUUGAUUGUGGAAGAUCCUCUUCUUAAGACCACUCCUAUAGAUUUGGAAAUGCCAAUUUUAUUCGGUAAGCCUCCAAAGAUGUCAAGAGAAGCUAAAACGGAAGCGCUAAAUCUACCAGAAGCUAACUUAACUAAAAUUCCAUCCUUACACGAUGCUAUUCAAAGAGUUUUGAACUUACCAACUGUUGGUUCAAAGUCAUUUUUGAUUACCAUUGGUGACAGAUCUGUGACGGGUCUGAUUGAUAGAGACCAAUUUGUCGGUCCUUGGCAAGUACCUGUUGCAGAUGUUGGUGUCACCGGUACAUCUUUGGGUGAAACAAUAAUUUCUACUGGUGAAGCAAUGGCUAUGGGCGAAAAACCAGUCAAUGCUUUAAUCUCGGCAUCUGCCUCUGCUAAGUUAUCUGUGGCAGAAUCGUUAUUAAAUCUAUUUGCUGCUGAUGUGAAAUCUCUACAGCACAUUAAACUAUCUGCUAACUGGAUGUCACCAGCCUCUCAUCAAGGUGAGGGAUCUAAAUUAUACGAAGCCGUCCAAGCAUUAGGUUUGGACUUAUGUCCUGCGUUAGGCGUUGCGAUCCCCGUUGGUAAGGACUCUAUGUCCAUGAAAAUGAAAUGGGAUGAUAAGGAGGUUACUGCACCAUUAUCAUUGAAUAUUACUGCAUUUGCACCUGUUUUCAACACCAGCAAAACAUGGACACCACUUUUAAACAAGACUGCCGAAGAUUCUGUCCUUGUCUUAGUUGAUUUAUCUGCUAAACAAGAAGCCAAGUCAUUAGGUGCCUCAGCUCUGUUACAAGUUUACAACCAAGUUGGGAAUAAAUCCCCUACUGUGUAUGACAAUGCCGUUUUGAAGGGUUUCUUGGAAAGUUUGAUUACAUUACACCAACAAGAGGAAGAUAUAGUGUUAGCUUAUCAUGAUAGAUCAGAUGGUGGUCUCCUUGUCACUUUGCUUGAAAUGGCAUUUGCUUCCAGAUGUGGUUUGGUGGUAAACAUUGAUGGUGAAGAUUUAGACUGUCAAUUAACUAAUUUGUUCAAUGAAGAAUUGGGUGCAAUCUUCCAAAUUUCGAGUAAGAAUUUGAGCAAAUUUGAAAAAAUAUUGAAUGAAAACGGGGUUGCUAAAGAAUAUAUUUCUAUUGUAGGUAAGCCAUCAUUCGACAGUCAAGAAAUAAAGAUUGUUAAUUCAAAGACUAGUGAUGUAGUUUAUAGCAACACAAGAUCUGAAUUGGAGCAAAUUUGGAGCAAGACAUCAUAUGAGAUGCAGAAAUUGAGAGAUAAUCCAAAGACGGCGGAAGAAGAAUUUGCCACUAUCACGGAUGAUAAAGAUCCUGGUUUGCAAUAUGCUCUCACGUACAACCCAGCUGACGAUAUGAAGAUUGGACUAGAAUUAUGCGCUCAAAAACCGAAGGUUGCUAUACUAAGAGAGCAAGGUGUUAAUGGUCAAAUGGAAAUGGCAUGGUGUUUCCAACAAGCUGGAUUUAAUUCAGUUGAUGUUACUAUGACCGAUUUACUAGAAGGUAGAUUCCAUUUGGAUGAAUUUAUCGGCCUUGCCGCAUGUGGUGGGUUUUCCUAUGGUGAUGUGUUAGGUGCAGGUGCCGGUUGGGCUAAAUCUGUUUUGUACCAUGAAGGUGUUCGCUCACAAUUUUCUAAGUUCUUCAAUGAGAGACAGGAUACAUUUGCUUUUGGUGCUUGUAAUGGUUGUCAAUUUUUGAGUAGAUUGAAAGAGAUCAUACCUGGGUGUGAAAACUGGCCAAGUUUUGAAAGAAAUGUGAGUGAACAGUAUGAAGCUCGUGUAUGUAUGGUGCAAAUCUCUCAAGAGAAGGAUAAUUCUAGCGAAGAGUCUGUUUUCUUGAACGGCAUGGCAGGAUCCAAAUUACCAAUUGCUGUCGCACAUGGUGAAGGUAAAGCUACGUUUUCCGAAAAUGCUGCACAAUUGGAAAAAUUUGAGAAAGAAGGUCUAUGUUGUAUAAGGUAUGUGGACAAUUAUGGUAAUGUCACUGAAAGAUUCCCCUUUAACCCUAACGGGUCCAGUAAUGGUAUUGCUGGUAUCAAGUCGCCAAAUGGUAGAGUUCUUGCCAUGAUGCCACAUCCUGAAAGAGUUUGCAGGUUAGAGGCCAAUUCUUGGUACCCAGAAGGUAAAUACGAGGAAUGGGGUGGAUACGGUCCAUGGAUUAGAUUAUUUAGAUCCGCUAGAAGAUGGGUUGGUUGA